AUGGCUAGAAAGAAGUCCGCAGCUAAAAAGGCCAAGGAGGCUGCUGCACGUGCUGAAGCAGAUGCUCCAACUAAGAACGAUGUUCAGAAGGUUGAACAGCCACCCAAGAAGGCUGAGCCUGUCAAUGAGAGUGGUGACGAGGAAGACUCAUCAUCAUCUGAAGAGGAGGAUGAGUAUGGUGAAUUGUUGACUGAAAAUGUCGAAAGCUCCAUUCAGAAUGUCUUAAGUGCUUUGAAGAGUGAUCCUAAGAAACUUCUAGACCCAGAUGCUAAAUUUUUCAACGAAAACGAUGUGGAGGUGUUGAAGAAGGCCAAGGACAAGCCAUUAUACUUGAAAGACUACCACCGUCAGGCUUUGUUGCUGGGUGAUUACAAGAAAGAAGAUGGAGACAAUGAGUACGAUACUGUUGAUGGCGAGAAACCAUUUGUGAUCACCGAAAGGGAAGAAAGAAACCAGCUUCUUGAUGAUAUCAAGAAUGCUUUCGAUGGAGAAGAGGAAGACGACGAAGAAGAUGACGGAUUUUUGAAGAAGAAGGAGAAACUGAAAGCAUCUAAGGAAGCUGUAUCGCAGCUUCCUGAUCCAAGCAGAUCUGCAGAGGAGUUCUUGAGUGCUUUUCUUGAUAGAAAGGCAUGGGUUCCAACUGAAAAGGAUAAGGUCAUCAACUUGGACAGGAUUGAUAAUGAAGACGAGCAGGACUUUGAUGACGCUGUUGAUGAGUUGGAAAGAGCUUACAACUUCCGUUAUGAGGAUCCAAACUCGGCAGAGAUUGUGUCUUACGCUCGUAACCAAGCCACGGUAAGAAGAGCUAAGACGAAUGCCAGAAAGAAGGAGAGAGAGAGAAAGCACCUCGAGAAGGAAAAGCAAAGUGCUGAUGUUGAAAAAGCCUUGCAGAAGAAGAAGACUGAAAAGUUGAACAAGGUUGUUGACAGACUUAAGAAAAUCAAAGAGGCUGUCGGUGAAGAUAUCAGCAAUGACGUUAUCGAGAACAUUUUUGGCGACUCUUUGUUGAACGACGACUUCGAUGAUGCCGACUGGGAUGACAAGAUGGCCCAAGUGUUUGACUCGCAGUAUUACGAUGCUGAAAUUGCCAAACCCGAAUGGGAUGAAGACGACGAAAUAAUGGGCGAGUUCCACGCUGCUAAGGCUGAAGAGGAGGAGAAUGAUGCCGAAGAAGCCGAGGAUAUUGAAGAAGCCGAGGUUGCUGAGGAGAAGCCCACGAAGAAAUCAUCUAAGAAGGAGAAAUUGAAGGAGAAGAAAGAGGCCAAGAAGCUGAAGCACAACAUUAGAGAAGAGGCCGAGAAGAUCGUUGAAGCCAACAAGCUCAAAAUCAGAGACGAGGUCGAAGAAGAGAGAGGUCGUUCAAAGGAUGCCGACCCUAACAAGUUCAAGUACAGAGAAGUCUCUCCAGAAACUUUCGGUUUGUCAACUAGAGAAAUUCUUUUGGCAGACGACCUGGCAUUGAACCAAUUCGUUAGCAUCAAGAAAUUUGCACCUUACAGGCCGAAGGAGCAGGCUCUUAAGGAUAAGAGAAAGUUCGCAAAGAAGAAGCAUCUACAGCAAUGGAGAAGAGAUAUCUUCAAGAACAAGGAGGGCCCAGCAAGACAACCUGGCGAGGAAGAUGGUGAGAUUUGGAUUCCAAAUGAAGACGAGGAACAAGAGAGACCACGCAAGAAGAGCAAGAAGUCAAAGAAGUAA